UUAUUAUUAUUAUUAUUAUUAUUGUUAUUAUUACAUAUAUUCAACAAGAAGAUGAUGAGUAAUAAUAAUAUUGGGAGAUCAAGUAGGUUUAAUCCUUUCACUCCAUCCCAAUGGCAAGAACUCGAACACCAAGCUCUUGUGUACAAGUACAUGGUUUACGGAAUCCCCAUUCCGCCCGAUCUCCUCUUCACCAUCCGCCGGAGCCUCCACCACCACCACUCUUCUUCCACCACCUUCCUCCUCCACCACCAUCACAGCGGGUCGUGGAACAGUUUUAAUAUGGGGUUUGGUAAAAAGAUAGACCCCGAGCCGGGGCGGUGCCGGAGAACCGACGGGAAGAAAUGGCGGUGCUCUAAGGAGGCGUACCCGGAUUCCAAGUACUGCGAACGCCACAUGCACAGAGGCAGAAACCGUUCAAGAAAGCCUGUGGAAACUGUUCUUCUCCCCCACUCGUCCACCGCCGCUAACUCGCCGUGCAACCGAAACGCGGCGACGACGACGACGACGACGACUCCCCUCGGAAACACGCUUCUUCCUUCUCACCACCCGCCACCCCAUUUCCUCUACUCCCAUUUCCUGUCCGAAUCUAACCCCACACUUUGCAGAAACACCAGCGACGGGCGGGCGGCAGCGAAUGGCGGCGGUGGCGCCGACGAGCAUGUGUUUUUCCCGGACGGCGGCGGCGGUUCUUCUUCUUCUUCUUCGUCACAAACGAAAGUACUGCAGUACGGAUAUUCAUCUAAUUGUGAUUUGUUCGGCGGGCAGAGAAUGAUUCAGAAUGCAAGUUUGGAUAAGAGAGACGAACUGCACCCCCACAAGAAAGUAAUGCACCAUUUUAUCGACGAAUGCCCCCCGAAAGACGACAACGGACAAUAUUCCGAUGAUAAAACGACGAUUAUGCCGAUGCCGAUUCACAGGACACAGCUCUCCAUUUCCAUUAAUCCCAACUCAUUGCACGACUUCUUCAUCACACACAAAUGAAGAAAGCUGGAAGAACUGUACGAACUGGAGGGGGGAGUGGGUAUCCUUUUAAAUGAUAGUGGGGACAGUGGCAAUUCUGUUGUUUGAGAGCUAUCACUACAUACAGAUGUGUAUUCUGUGCUUCUCUCUCUCUCUGUUUUUUUUUUAAUCUUUGUACUGUGUAAGAAAUUAAAGGUGGUAAAUGAGAAUCCCUUGGAUUUUGGUCUU